AUGGCAAAUAUGGGGGAUGACAGCGGCGAAUGUCCGCCGGGACAGGAGCUGCCAGCCCCGCAGCCGUCCGCGUUCGAGCGGCUGAUUGCGAGCGUGCCAGCAGUGCUCGAGAGCCUGCCCGACGAAGCGCAGCACCGCGUGGCCGCGACCUCCUGGGCGUGCCUCCUGGCCCUCCUCGAGCACACCCGCUUCUGCCUCGACCUCCGAUGGGGCGACGGCCCGCUGCUGGCCGGGCUGGCAACGCGCCUGGAGCGACGCGAUGUGCCCGUGGUGGGGGCGAUUCGCAUGGGAGUCUACGCGCGGAAUCAACGCCCAGCGAGCGUCAGCGUGAGCUCCUUCGCAGCCGACGACGCAGCGGCCCUGCAUCGGUCGGGCCGGGCAGCAGCGGACGUGUCGGAUCUGUGGGAGAUCGUGAAGAUGGCGGACAGGAAAGGCACUCCGCUGCGGCUGCGGGGCUUGCGCGACUUGCUCGGGAACCCCGUGGUGUGGAGUCGUCGCACCGACCAAUUUGGCCGUCCUCGUGGGCACUUAGGCUGGGAGCGCGGAGUCCAGAAACCAGGCCGAGACGCGCUGCUGAAGAUCCUGGCGCGGCCGCUGGUGCAGCAGAACCUCCGCGAGCUGAGGAUCAGGGAUUUCGUGUUUUCGAGCAAGGCAACGGUGUCGAUGAGGAAGCUGACUGAGGCCCUGGCAGGAGCCCCUCAACUCGAGACGCUUCAACUCGAAGAUCACGCCCUGAGCCUGGACGGCGUCGUCAAGGUGGUGGAGAGCUUGCGCGGGCUCCGUGGGCUCCGCACCGUUGCCAUCCGUCCCGAGGACUCUCUGGGAGCCAAGGGCUUGGUCGCCGUGAUGGACCUGGUGGCGCAGUCGGCGGUGGAGACGUGCAGCUUUGCCUACCACGGUGGUGUGGCGGGGCGGGGCAGCGAGGCGAUCGAGCGCAUGCUCCGGAGCACCACGACGCUGCGGACGCUGACGCUGUCAGGUCGAUAUAAAGACUACCGCGCCCGUGAACAGCACCGUCAUCGUGAAGAAUUUCUUCGAGAAUUAGAAGAGAAGAGAAGAAGAAGAGAAGAAGAAGAAGAAGAAGAAGAAGAAGAAGAAGAAGAAGAAGAAGGAGAAGGAGAAGGAGAAGAAGAAGAAGAAGAAGGAGAAGGAGCAGGAGAAGAAGAAGAAGAAGGAGAAGAAGAAGAAGAAGAAGAACUUCCUCCUCGUCUCAAAGACGAAGGCCUUGCCAUCGGUCUGGCCGCGGGGUUCGAGUCGAACACGACGGUGAAGCACCUCUGCCUCGAGGAAGUGCCGCUGUCUGGCGCGGCCGCCAUCGCGUUCAUGCGCGCCCUGGGCUCGAACAGGACACUCGAGACGCUGUCGCUGCUCGGUAUCAAGAUCGACGGCGCAGUCCUCGCGGCACUGGGGCACGCGAUCGGCGAGGGAUGUGCGCUGAAGCAGGUCGAGAUUCGCACCGGAGGCGACCCCGGGGCGGGCGUGCGCGAGUUCAUGCAGGGCGUCCGGUCCGGCGCCAGGCGCCAGUCUUGCCUGGUGAAGCUAGCGUUGCGCGGGGUGUUUUGCGACGACGCGCAGCUCGCGGAUCUCGCGGGCGCGAUCAAGGACGGCGCGCUCGGCCGGACGCUGCAACAGCUCACCGUCACGUCCUGCGACAUCACCCACGUUGGAGUCAAGGCCCUGGCGGAUGCCCUGGUCGACAACCGAACCCUGCGGGAGCUGGAGCUCUCGUGCAUCGACUUCGCUGACGCCACCGCGUUGGCGCUGCAGAAACUGCUGUCGUCGAGUUCGACGUUGGAACGGUUCAGAAUGACAGGCUUGGACACCACGUCGCGCGGUGCUGGGUAUUUGGGCUCCGGGCUGGCGCAGAGCACGGCGCUUCGGGAGGUGGACUUGUCGCAGAACUCCAUCCCGGAGGCGGGGUUGAAGGCACUGGCGCUGCGGCUGUGCAGCGAAGGCUCCUGCAGCAAGCUGGAGGUGCUGCGGCUGGGGCGCUGCCGUGGGGCCACAGGGGGGCCCAGGGACGAGGCCGCACAGCUCUUCGCGCGGGCGAUCGAGGAACGCGGUCUUCCGCUGCGCGUGCUGGGCAUGGAGGGUUGGUCCAUCUCUCCGCACCUCGUCGACAGACUCGCGCAGCUGGGGUGCAAGUGCAAGACCGACCGCGUGCUGUGA